GGUCCGUUUUCGCACAGUCUCCGUCCGAACGCGGUGCCGUCCACAAUUGGCGAUUCUUGACUGUGACACACUCCGACCGCGUAACCCACUGGGACGCGCACGAAAGCUGUUUAGUGCUACGCACAACGAAAACGCGCAGCGUGCGCGCGUACGCCACCUAAACCUCCGAAACGGCGCACGAAUUGAACGAAAGCAAAUUAAUAGUCUAACCCGCGACUAACCACACGGGCACGGGCACAGAACUGGUUCGUUUUCACGAUCACGAGCUCAAACGAGGCACAGAGCGAGCGAGGGGGAAACAAAAAAAGAAGGAUGCUAAUUGCAGUGUGUGUGUAGUAAUGUGACGUAAAGGUGUAAUGCUAAUCAUUUGUGUGAAGGAAAGAUUUCAACCGCGCAACAAGUGACAAACCCGUUUUUUGUUGAUGUUGGUGCAGCUGCCGCUGUUGAUUUUAAAUUAGUUUACUCUAAAAGCACACUAAGUGAAUUAAGCUCGUCGUUACUAAGUGUACGUGUGUGGGUGUGUGUUUGUGUGUUAAGUGUUGCAAAAAUUGUUCUUAUCAUUUAACACUCCCUUAAGUGCGUCAAACUCCUCCCGUGCGUCUGUGGGUGUAAUUUUACUCUUUAGAAAACAAAGCAGGCGGUUUAAAAUAUCACAUUCCAGCACGCGCGCGCUCGCGCCUCUUGAGUGAUUGCUUCCGCUUCGGGGUUUUGGUGAUUACAAGAAGUUACCAGCGGCCCAGAGGCGCAAAUCGUAAGUGUGACAGACGGACAAGGAGUCGAAACCUAAUAUGUUUACCUAGCUAACGUAGCGUAACGGUUUAGCGAUUUAGCACCAGUAAUCGAACCUCGGAUUGUCACAAUUCCCGCGUCGUCCAGUGACGUCUUAAUGGAUUAGCGUUCGCUUAUCUGAGCGGCCGCCCUGUUAGCGUUUUGUACGCGUGAUCAAUCACGCGCGUGAACAGUGAAACGCAAACAAAAAGAAGCUAACGGUGCAUUGUGGACGCCCUUUGGCACAGCCGAACUGUAAAUCAGCACAUUACGUUAAGACGAUUGUACGAAGCUGAACGCUUCUUCUGCUGGUUAAGAAGAAGCAUCGCCAUCAUCGAAAUAAAAGCCCACCACUCCUCCACUUGCAAUACUCCGGGCCACCAAUCCGCGGACAUUGACCUGUGCGCGCGAUAGCGGACGCUGCGUUCGUUGGAUCUGAGCCCAAUCGGUAGAGGAAUUAUCAGGCGCCAUCCUUCCACAUUUGUUGCCUAAUUUCGAUCGGUAAGCAGUGUAAGAGCCUGGCAGUAGUGUCUUCCCUCCAUCCGAUAGUUCGACUAUACAGUCGCGCUAGAAGCAAACGCUAGCCACCAUGAUCGUCGGUUGCAGCACACCCAGUCCGGUGCGGUAGUCUUGUCUCCGUGGGGCAGACAGGCAGGCAGGCAGGCAGGCAGAAAAGGCACACAGACCAUAGGCAAGAUGACGGAAGUCGAGUCGUCAACCGUCGUAGCCGGCGCUUCGCCCGGACCACGUGUCUCGUUCAAUAGGGAUGUGCACGUGAAACGUAUCGGCCCUCGACACGAAGGUCCCCCACGCACCACCCUACCGAACGGUACCGUUCGCAAGGAGCACCCCGAGAACCUGUCCCGGCAAGCGUUACGCCGUGAAGCGGAGUUCGUACUUGCGCAGGCCGAUAAAAUCGAUCGCUCCAGCCAAGCCGCGGCCAAGCAGUACAGCCAGCCCGGCGAACCACUCGAUGCGGCACGGUUCAAUUCGCUGCCCUCGCGCUCCAAGUCACGCACGAAGAAGGUCACCCGGUCGGUGAGUGACGCCGCGUCGAAAAAGCCCUCCAAGAGCCUGUUGAGCCUGUUCAGCCGUAAGCCGGCGGCGGAUGAGCAAAGCGCACCGCGGCCACAAGCACCCUCGAGCGGCAGAAGCGGCACCCUUGGUCGGAGCAAAAGUGAUGUUGGCCGGAACGGCGCCACACCAGUGAAGCAGCGCAAAGUGGUACCGCGCCGGGCGACGCAGGAACUCGGCGAGCUACGAUCCACGGGCACGGUCACGCGAAAGCAUGACCCACUGACGCCGAUCAUCGAGGCAUCACCGCUCGAGUACACGCAACAGGUCGAUCCGCUGACGGCACAGCUAGCACGGCGCGGUCGGGCCGUGUCCGAGGAGCCGAAACCAUCGACCAGGCUCGCCGCACCGCCGAAACCGGGCGUUAUGGAAACGAUCACGCUGCUGCGCUCGUCCAACAGCACUGCCAAAUCCCAGGACGCACUGCACAGCUCGCAGCUGCCGCCGGAGAAGCCUCACCUUACCAAGGGCGUCACGGUGGAGAACAUCGUCAAGCGGUUGUCGAGCGAGCGGCACACCUCCCCUCCGCCAUCGCAGAUCGUGGGCGGUGGGUUUUCGUACACCCGUGGAUCGGGCGAGCAGCCGAUCGUGUACGCGCAGGUCGUCGCCAACGAGACGAACAAAUCGAAACACACCGUCAAGCAGCAGCACUAUCCCUCGACCGAAGAGGAAGACCCAGCCACCAUGUGGACGGCGGGUGAGAGUAAGCUGAGACCGUCGGGAGGAUUCCUGGACACGACGCAACGUCCGAGUCCUCCGCUGCCGAAGUAUCGGCUGGAUGAGGCCGAUCAUUCGCCGCUCACGAUCAAUGGAAUAAGGCGUAAGCUGCACACAAACAGCGACGAGGAUGAAGGGCUCGGGAUCGACUACGCCCGGCAGAAGCAGGCUCAGGAGCGAUACAAGUCGUCCGCUUACGUGCACACAUCGAGCAGCACGACGCGUACAUCGCCCAAGUCUUUCCUUACCAACUCGGACGAGGAUCCACCGAUCGCACCGAGUAUCGUGCGGUUGACACCGACGGAGAAGAACUUCUCCAGCAGCUACAGCGUCCACUACCGUGGCCAGGCAGAUGGGAAGGAACAUCUGCCCGAGUUCCAUGAGCUCAGUCAACGACGGGAGAUUCUGGAGUCCCGUAUACGAUCGCGCAUUGGAUCGCGUGAUCUGCUCGAUCGGAUGUCACCGGAGAGGACGGUACCGGUUCCGAUUCAGCUAACAUCUGGAGGGCAUCGAACGAGUAGCAGUACGACCAAGUACCGUACGACCACCGAACGUCGCUCGGUGGAUCGAGUACUGGAUCGUCAUGAGUCACCGGUGCGCAGGAGUACACUCUCGCCGACUCCAACAUACCGAGAAGCAUCACAGGAGCGUGGUGCAGUGCCGCGAAGAAAUUCCCGUGGAUAUGUGGAGACGUUCGUGACGAAAACGGUCGUCAAUCGGGAUGGUAAACCCGUGUCGGAGGAGUACGUGGAGCGGUACAAGUAUCCGGGCGAGAGUGUGGAAGCUGUAACAAGCUCCAGGACGGUGUACGAUCGUGAAGGAUCGGCAGGACGUACGGAGGUCCAGCGGUACAAUCGUUACGUCCCAGAGCAACAGGGUGGAACGAGCAGCUACACCACGCGUCACACGGUCGACAAGGGAGAUUCGGGCAUUGAGAACGAUUUCCGCAAGGAUUCGUUCAAUCAUGAGUUUAUCUCGGGGACUAAGUUUACGCUGACGGAGAACGUACGCGCUUGUGAGGACUUCCUGCGCAUGGAGCGAACGCACACGAACAGCUGCAUGAGGAAGCCGAGGAAAGCGCACGUCUACCGGGAACGGAGCAUCGAUGAUGGGUCGCGGUACGAUCCACGUUUGGAUGAGAUAUCGGCUAGUCGCAGCUACACCCGAGACAGCACGCUCAAGUCUUCGCUGAAGGCUGACAAGAAGGCUGGAGGACUCGCUAAGGUAAAGCAGUUCGUCAGCUCCACCCGCAAGAAGUUGGUCCGCAUGGGUACGGAUACAUCGGAGAAGCGAGAUCACUCCCGCGUCGGCAGUCUUCGCUCGGACAGUGCAGAUGGAUCGCGUGUCCCAGACAUUGCCACGCGCCGUCGGCUCUCCACACCGAAAUCAAGCCCUUCGUCGGCGAAGCGAUCGCUUUCCUUCAAGAGCUCCAAACUGUCCAGCACUACGCCGGCAGAGGGCCAGAAGCAGUCGUCUUCGCGCUCGGAAUGGUUCAAAUCGUUCGAUCGGUUGUCAAGGAAAAAGUCUAGCUCGAAACCGAACCUCACCGUGGAUGCGAAAUCGCCUCCACCGCCACCGAAGCAGGCCAAGAGUUUGCGCUUCUUCGGCGAUACCGAUACGGAGUAUGGCGAUCAGAACGCCACCUCGUACAGAUCGGCACGGAGUAAUCUCUCGAAAACGGAAAAGAAAUAUCGCAGUGCGUACGAUCUGGACACAGCCCCGAAGGUGCGCGAUACAGCUCGCAAUCGAUCGUCCUCGUUACACAACCUGGACGAGGAGGAUGAGCUGAGCCUGCGGGGCAAAGACUAUCGCUCGGAGGAACAUUCCAGUACAUUCUAUCGGGCGAGAUCGCCAUCACCGUCGGACUAUCGGCCGGAGCGAACUGGCACACCUCGGGACUACACGCCGGAACGUGUGACCAGGAAGGCGUACCACCAUCACCAUCGAUCGAGGGAAAACAAUAUCGAUCUGGUAGAUGGAGAACGGUCGCAAACACCGGUCCAUCAGCGGCCGGGAAGUCGUAGUCGCAGCGAGCACAAGAAACCACCGUCCGGGCCACAGAAACCCGCCCGGACCUUUGAGCGUCGGGAUAGCUUAAACAGGGACAUUGAUCGCAUUCUGGACAGUUCCGGGACGGAAGGUGAAUCUAGUCAGCAAAGCCAACGCAGUGUCGUGUUUCUGCAUGCAACAACCGUUGGUGAUAUACCGCACCCACAGAUUGCGAAUGCACGUCGACGGGCGUACUCGCGCGAAUCACUCAACCACUCGGUCGCCUCCUCCAAGAAGGUUCAGCCGAUGACACGCACCGUGUCUCGUUCAAUAUCGGUCCUGGCACCCUGGAAGCCGAAGAACAUUCGCGAAGGAUACGAAAUCGAUUACCACAAAGAUCAGCACCAGGCGAAACCGAUCUCAACCUUGCCUCGGUCCGGUGCGACCAGCCGCCAGUCGACAGUCGGCAGCCAGUCCACACUCAGCCGGCAGCCCAAGCACCGUAGCACUCCAUCGGCCCGUGAUGACCCAGACUCGGACAAAAGCUCUUCGUUUGAGCAAUCGCGACGCCACAGCGCUGACCAGCAGCAGCAGCAACGACGCGCAAGCGGAUCACGCGAAACGGGCGGAUUAGCCACACCGUACGCUUCGACCACGCUGCCUAGCUCGCGCCGUGUGAAGGACUCGAUCGCACAGUAUCCUUCCCGUACGGCGGGCAGUGGCUCUACGCUUAAAUAUCGCCGAUGAAAAAAAACCUUACCGUUAACACGUGCAGUAGCUACUGCAGCGGAAAAGCAAACGACGCGGUUACAGGGUUUCCCACGAUUUAUUGGUCAGUUCCCAUGAUUUUUUGGUGCGUUCCCACGAUUUUUUGGUCGUAUCC